AGUUCGGACGUCCGCCUUCCCAUCUCUACAGGAAAAUAAACUCACCAAGGGGUCGCGGGUAGCAAUCACAGGUCCAACCGGCGGAGGAUACCGCUAUAAUGGGUGAUUUCCACCUGAGUGGACUUUACAACAGUUUUCGUGCUUGCGGAUUUUGAUAGAAACAACACAUCUUGAAACGCCCGCUAGCUAGCGUUAGUUCUCGCCGCCGUCCUGUGGUGUUAUCUUGGUGAAAGUCUUCAAACGAGGGAUAUAAAAGGAAUCUUACUUGUGGACGUUUCUAAACCACAAAGAUGUCGGGGGCAUCUGUAAAAGUUGCGGUUCGAGUUCGGCCCUUCAACUCCAGGGAGACGGGCAAGGACUCAAAAUGUAUCAUUCAGAUGCAAGGCAACACUACAACUAUUCUCAACCCCAAACAGCCAAAGGAACCAGCAAAGACCUUCAGUUUUGAUUACUCAUACUGGUCGCACACUACGCCGGAAGACCCCAGCUUUGCAUCACAGAACCUUGUGUACAAUGAUAUUGGCAAAGAAAUGCUGGCCCACGCGUUUGAGGGCUACAACGUCUGCAUCUUUGCUUAUGGCCAGACAGGAGCUGGCAAAUCCUACACCAUGAUGGGCCGGCAGGAGGAGGGGCAGGAAGGAAUCAUUCCCAUGCUUUGUGAAGAUCUAUUUGAGAAAAUCAAUGAGGACAACAACAAAGACCAGCUCGCCUACUCAGUAGAGGUCAGUUACAUGGAGAUUUACUGUGAGCGGGUGCGAGACUUGCUUAACCCCAAGAACAAGGGGAAUUUACGAGUGCGAGAGCACCCUUUACUGGGUCCCUACGUGGAGGACCUGUCCAAGCUAGCUGUCACCUCCUACACAGACAUCGCUGACCUCAUGGAUGCAGGCAACAAGGCCAGAACCGUUGCUGCAACCAACAUGAAUGAGACCAGCAGUAGGUCCCACGCUGUUUUCACCAUCGUCUUCACACAGAAGAAACACGACAGUGAAACAGAUUCCUCCACAGAAAAGGUCAGUAAAAUCAGUCUGGUAGACUUGGCUGGAAGUGAACGAGCAGAUUCCACUGGCGCUAAAGGUACCAGGCUAAAGGAGGGAGCAAACAUCAACAAAUCUCUCACCACGUUAGGAAAGGUUAUCUCCGCCCUGGCUGAAGUGGAUCACUGUACCAUCAAGAGCAAGAAGAAGAAGAAGACUGACUUCAUCCCGUACAGAGACUCUGUUUUGACAUGGCUGCUGAGGGAGAACCUUGGUGGAAACUCAAGAACGGCCAUGGUAGCUGCCCUCAGUCCUGCAGAUAUUAACUAUGAUGAAACUCUCAGCACUCUCCGCUAUGCCGACCGAGCUAAGAACAUCAAGUGCAAUGCUGUCAUCAAUGAGGAUCCCAACAACAAGCUGGUUCGUGACCUCAAGGACGAAGUGUCUCGACUGAAGGAGCUGCUCCGGGCCCAGGGCCUAGGAGACAUCCUAGACAACCUGAAAGACAUUCAGAACAAUAAGCAUAGAUACUUGAUAGCCUCAGAGAAUCAACGCCCUGGCCAUUUCUCCACAGCCCCUAUUGGUUCCCUGACAGCCUCACCGUCCUCUGGCUCACUGUGCAACCAGGGGGGCCUUCAGUCUGUCACCAGCAUCCAGGAACGCAUCAUGUCCACCCCUGGAGGAGAGGAGGCUAUCGAAAGACUCAAGGAAUCAGAAAAGAUUAUUGCCGAGCUCAAUGAAACCUGGGAAGAGAAACUGCGAAAGACUGAAGCAAUCCGCAUGGAGAGGGAGGCAUUGCUUGCAGAGAUGGGUGUGGCAAUCCGUGAAGAUGGAGGCACUUUGGGGGUCUUCUCUCCUAAAAAGACUCCACACCUGGUUAACCUGAAUGAGGAUCCUCUCAUGUCAGAGUGCCUGCUCUACUACAUCAAAGACGGAAUUACAAGGGUGGGUCAGGCUGAUGCUGAAAGACGACAGGACAUUGUUUUAAGUGGUGCUCAUAUCAGGGAAGAGCACUGCAUCUUCCGCAGCGAGAGGAAUCUCAAUGGAAAUGUUGUCGUCAUGCUGGUGCCAUGCGAGGGAUCUGAAACUUAUGUCAAUGGCAAGCGUGUUGAGGAUUCGAUCCAGCUGCGUUCAGGUAACCGUAUCAUUAUGGGAAAGAACCAUGUGUUCCGGUUCAACCAUCCAGAGCAGGCUCGAGCUGAAAGGGAAAAGACGCCAACGGCAGAAACCCCCGUGGAGCCCGUGGAUUGGACCUUUGCUCAGAGAGAGCUUCUGGAGAAACAGGGCAUCGACAUGAAGCAGGAGAUGGAGAAAAGGCUCACUGAGAUGGAAAUCUUGUACAAAAAGGAAAAGGAGGAAGCAGACCAACUUCUGGAGCAGCAACGACUGGUUUACGAGAGCAAAUUGCAGGAGCUUCAAAAACAGGUGGAGACUAUUACUGUUCCUGAGACACCUGAUGAAGAAGAUUUGGAGGAGGAGGAAGAGGAAGAGCCUAAACUUCUGGGAUUGCCGUGGACUCAGCACGAGUUUGACUUAGCUCAGUGGGCUUUCAGGAAGUGGAGGUACCAUCAGUUCACCUCCCUCCGCGACCAGCUGUGGGGAAACGCAGUCUACCUGAAGGAGGCCAACGCCAUCAGUGUGGAGCUAAAGAAGAAAGUCCAGUUCCAGUUUGUCUUGCUGACGGAUACUCUGUACUCUCCACUGCCCCCUGAGCUUGUGUCGCCAGAGCCUGAGAAAGAGCGCGAUGCCCGGCCUUUCCCCCGCACCGUGGUGGCAGUAGAGGUUCAGGAUCUGAAGAAUGGAGCCACACACUACUGGUCCCUUGAAAAACUCAAGCAGAGGCUGGAGCAGAUGAGGGAGAUGUACGACCGUGCUGGAGAAAUGGCCUCAGCAAACCAGGAGGACGGAGAGGGCUCUCUGACAGGAAAUGAUCCCUUCUAUGAUCGCUUCCAUUGGUUUAAACUUGUUGGGAGCUCUCCGAUCUUCAACGGUUGUGUAAAUGAGCGCCUGGCCGACCGCACGCCCUCUCCGACCUUCUCCACCACGGACUCGGAGAUCACCGAGCUGGCGGACGAGCGCCAGAGCGAGAUGUCUGACCUGAUUGACGAUGAGGCUUUUGUGGACGACACCAGCUCAGAUGCCGGCACCGAGGAGGGCUCGGACAUCUUCAGCGACGGCCAGGAUCCCUUCUAUGACCGCUCCCCCUGGUUCAUCCUGGUGGGAAGAGCUUUCGUGUACUUGAGCAACCUGCUGUACCCUGUGCCACUGGUGCACCGUGUUGCCAUAGUAACAGAGAAGGGCGAGGUGCGUGGUUUCCUGCGUGUGGGGGUCCAGGCUAUAGCUGCUGACGAGGAGGCCCCAGACUACGGGUCAGGAGUUAGACAGUCAGGAACCGCCAAGAUUUCCUUUGAUGACGAGUACUUCAAAAAGAAUGACUUUCCCUCCACGGUUAUGACCCGCUCUGGCAUGUCCCUGGAAGAGCUGCGCAUUGUGGAGGGUCAGGGCCAGAGUUCAGAGGUCACUACACCCUCAGAGGAGCUCAACAGAAUCAAUGACAUGGACCUCAAGCUGGGUAACAUCCCUGACCCCAAGCUGAGCUGUGGUGAGGGUCUGGCCGGCCAGCUGGAGGUGGGCAGCAUCUUUACCUUCCGUGUCACUGUGCUCCAGGCCAGCGGCGUCCCACCGGAGUACGCAGACAUUUUCUGCCAGUUCAAUUUCCUACACCGUCAUGACGAGGCAUUCUCCACUGAGCCUCUGAAGAACACCGGCAAAGGAGCUCCUCUCGGUUUUUACCAUGUCCAGAACGUUUCUGUUGAAGUAACAGAGUCCUUUAUCGAGUACAUAAAGACCAAGCCCAUCGUGUUCGAAGUGUUCGGCCACUACCAGCAGCACCCGCUGCACCUUCAUGGCCAGGACCUGAUUAGUCCUCCUACACAGUCCAGGAAGUACUACCCUAUUCCCAUGCCUCUUUCUAGACCAGUUCCAGCCACCAAGUUGAACACCAUCACCAAGUCCAACCUGGGUCAGUGUGUCAGCAAAUAUGACCUGCUGGUUUGGUUUGAGAUCAGCGAGCUGGAGCCCACCGGAGAGUACAUCCCGGCUGUAGUGGAUCACAGCGGAGGACUGCCAUGCAACGGCACCUAUCUGCUGCACCAGGGGAUUCAGCGCAGGAUCACGGUGACUCUCAUCCAUGAGAAGGGAAGCGAGCUCCACUGGAAGGACGUUCGGGAGCUGGUCGUGGGUCGUAUCAGGAGCAAGGCUGAGGUGGACGAUAGCGCUGCUGAUGCUGUCCUGUCCCUCAACAUUAUUUCUGCCAAAAACAUCAAGUCAUCUCACAACUCCAACAGGACUUUCUACCGUUUCGAGGCAGUGUGGGACAGCUCCCUGCACAACUCCCUUCUGCUCAACCGAGUCACUCCUUAUGGAGAGAAAAUCUACAUGACCCUGUCUGCAUAUCUUGAGCUCGACCACUGCAUCCAGCCUGCUAUCAUUACCAAAGACAUCUGCAUGGUCUUCUACUCCCGAGACGCAAAGAUCUCCCCUCCACGUUCCCUCAGGAACCUCUUUGGGAGCGGUUACUCCAAAACACCUGACUGCAAUCGCGUCACUGGCAUCUACGAGCUGAGCUUGUGUAAGAUGUCCGACACAGGAAGCCCAGGGAUGCAGCGGAGGAGGAGGAAGAUCCUGGACACAUCGGUGGCUUAUGUGCGUGGAGAGGAGAACCUGGCCGGCUGGAGGCCCAGAGGAGACAGCCUUAUCCUGGAACACCAAUGGGAGCUGGAGAAAAUGGAGCAGCUGCAUGAGGUGGAGAAAACCCGUCACCUGCUCCUGCUGAGGGAGAGGCUGGGAGACGAUGCUCCAGUGGGAACAGCCCCUACCACCAAGUCCCUGAGCGAGUUGCUGUCCCCGAGCAUGAGCACAGGCAGCCUGUCCACCUCCACCUCCAUCUCCUCGCAGAUCUCCAGCACCACCUUUGAAAGCGCCAUCACGCCCAGCGAGAGCAGUGGCUACGACUCGGCCGACAUCGAGAGCCUGGUGGAUCGUGAGAAGGAGCUGGCUACUAAGUGCUUGCGCCUCCUGACACAUACCUUCAACAGUGAAUACAACCAAGUGGUCAACAGCAUCAGUGACUGCAAGCUGUCUGACAUCUCCCCAAUGGGACGGGACCCAUCAGUCCAGAGCUUCAGCAGCGCCACGCUCACCCCCUCUUCCACCUGCCCCUCUCUGUCCGACUCACGCUGUGGAUCCAUGGACCAGAAGACCCCAGAGAACAGCUCCCGUGCCUCCAGUCCCUCCUGCUCGGACUAUGAAAACUUCCCGAUGGUCCCCAGUCUGGAGACAUCCUACUUAGCACGGGCUGGAAAGAAAGAGUUCCUCAACCUUGUGCCUGAUAUUGAAGAAAUGAGGCCAGGAUCUGUAGUUUCCAAAAAAGGUUUCCUAAGCUUCAUGGAGCCGCGCUCCAACUCGUGGGUGAAGCACUUUGUGGUUGUGCGCCGCCCCUAUGUCUUUAUCUACAACAGCGACAAGGACCCGGUGGAGCGGGGUGUCCUCAACCUCUCCACAGCACAGGUGGAGUACAGUGAAGACCAGCAGGCCAUGCUCAAGACUCCCAACACAUUUGCCGUGUGCACCAAACACAGAGGAAUCCUCCUGCAGGCCAACAACGAGAAAGACAUGAACGACUGGCUGUACGCUUUUAACCCCCUGCUGGCAGGAACAAUAAGAUCUAAGCUGGCGAGGAGGCGUGGCGGCCCGAUUAAGAACUGAGUGGGUCGAGCAGCACGCUGAAAAACAACGGCUUCCUCUCUUUCUGGAAAGCCUUUUGAACAAACCAAGUGUUAACACUUAUUAAUCAUUGUGAUUCUUGACAGUUUUCUCUUGUAAGUAGACUUGUGGCUUGAGUCUCCUUUCAUGCGACUAAAAUGUUCAGUUCCAGAGAAAUUUGCCUCCCCCGCUCCCUCCCACAACCCUAUGCCAAUUUAGCCUUCCUCCUCUCUAUUUCUCUUCCCCUCCAACUCCUUCGCUUUUUGUGUUUUUGUUUUUAUAACAAUGUUUGGGUCUAAUUUGAUUUGCUUUGUUGUCAUUCCCUAACUCCCUAACUAGUAGCAUGUUGUAAUAGUCUACUUGUGUGUGCACGAUUCUUCAGAAACAGUUCUUUCUGGCCACUAAAUUUCAGUUUGCCAAUCAUCUGUAAAGAAAUUGUCAAUAUCAGUGUUAUCUGUCUCCACAGAAGAGUUUUAACUUUUUUUUAAAAUUAAUAUGCCCGCAUGAUAACUGCAGCAGUCCUCAGGAGAAAAACCAGUUUUGCUUACUUUAAAAAAAUGUAAAUCAGAUAACUUAAAGUUUAAACCAUGAAGGGAAAAUAUACAAAUAUCUCCUAAAGUGACGUAUCUGUUCACGUUCUGCUACAGACGGCAAGGCUACUUCAAGAUCUAUUGCUGCUUAUGAAUUCAUAGGUUUUUCUUUUCUUAUUGAGAUUAGCAGUAUGAUGCCCCUUGUAGCUCCCCUCUGCCGUCUCCUAAACAACCUUUAGAAGCAAAAUGUCUGAAAAUUGUGUCUAAGCAAGACCUUAGGGCAGAGCUGGGUUCCUACUGUCAUCCAUGUGAUAUAUAGACUCCGCUCAGUCCGUGCAAAUUCACCAUCGCCAACCCCUAUAGUGCCGUCAGCCAGUGAUUUCUUACAAUCAUUCAUUUGUGUCAACAUCAAAAAUACACGCAAACAUGUGUAAAGAAUAUUUCAUAUUUCAGCAGUGAAAAUGUGACAAUGGAUUGUUCCUGCUAGAAGUAGAUAUUUGUCCCUGUCCUUUUGCUAUUUCAUCUCAAGAAAACAGGGUUUGUAGAGGAGGAGGAAGACGGACAGUACUCUAAAGUGAGAAUAUGAUUUGUACAUAAUGUCUGUACUGGAAUCAAUGUGGUAGUUAACUCACAUUUUAGGCAUUCCUCUAGGCUCCUCAAGCUCUUUUUCCAUACACUAAGAUGUUGAGAGUAUUUAAUUAACCAUGCCGUACUGUACUUGUGAUACCAGAGACAAAACAACACCUGGUGAAAAGCGGGGAAGAAAGAGAAUGAAGUUGCAAUGCUCUAGCCUUGAGGCCAGAAGAUAACUGUUGAAGCUGCUAGCACAUAGCCUGCAGGACAGAUUCUGAACGGUCUAUCCCAUGACUCCCCUCACUGUCAUGAUAGUGAAGUACUUACUGUUCAGCAGCAACACAGGUUACCACAUGUUCAUUUUCUAUUUGUGUUCUUGAAUUUAAACUCCUCUAACUCACUGGGUUGACAUUUCUUUCUUUUUUAAAUUAUUAACAUUGUUUUUUUUCUAUUAUGCUUUUAACCAUUCCACGGUGAAGUUUUAUACGAGAUGUAACAGAGGGCAUUUAUUUCUUGAGUUGUAACCAGCUUUACUUGUGUUUAACCUUUUUUUGCACAUUAACACAUAUCUAUAGCAAGACAAGGGCAGAUCACACAUGGUAAGUCCAAGAUUAUUUCUGAGUAUCAGGAACACUGAUUAGAGCACAUAUUGAGGCUACACUGGAUAGCUAUUUAUGAGAAAGAAAGAAGUGAUAUUUAAAGGGACGACAUAUACACAAAGAUUUUAUUUCUGAUAUUGUUUGUGGAAAUAUUUGCUCCGUACAAAAGCUGCUACAAUUGGCUCAUAAAUAAAGUAUGCCACUGUUUCUUCAAAUGGUACAAGGGUGAUACAGAAGGGCAAUAAAAACUCUGGCCAACUAACCAGUAGUAGCCCAGUGUAUAUUAUGUAGGGACAUUAGGGUUGAGUGGAAGGAAACAGAGGUAGUCAUCGCCUGUUACAGGUAUUAGUGGAAUUAUUAGGUACAUAUCCUCAAAACAUUUGCCUCAGAAGUCAAAAUGUGUGACCAUUUUAGAGCGUCCCUGCCCUCAGGUCGGCCAACCUGCUAGUCAGAGAAACAAAACUUCUGAAAUUGGAGAAAAUAUUUUGUCUGUCAAGGAAAAAAAUAGUGAAGAACCAUCUAUGCACAGAUCAGGCUCUAAGUGCAACGCACCUCAUAUUAACCUCAGAGUACUGUGGGCGAUAUCAACAUGAAGACCUGUCAGAGCAAACAUUUUCACUUUGCUGAGGUAUAUUAUUUUGGAUUGUGUAUUUAUUGUUUGCAAUGUAAAUAUUAGUUUGCAGCUCUUUGCACAUAUUAAUAAAAGGUUCAACUAACUGAUCAAAUAAAGUCUGUGCGGUUUAGUUGUUCUACUGAGUGAACCAAAUGAUGGUGUGGCAGCCUCUUCUGGUCUGAACUGGGAGAGCGUUGAAUGUACUAUGAAGUGUUUUUCCAGCGUUUGAAGAAAAAAAAAAAGUUGAAAAGAGAACUACUAUGUAACUCAUUGCCUCAUUUUCAGGGGAGGUGAGUUACAUUAGUGCUUCCUCUUUAUAAGAAAGUGGUUUGAUUGAAAGUUUGCUUUGGACUUUAAUAUUUACUCUACUCGUACUAGCCAGCCACUUGAAUCAUAACAAAACAAGAGUGGUUUUAACUCAUUUUAUUGUUUUCUAAUAUCAGGGAAUAUAAUACAAAGUAGCUAGACAUCUUAAAUGACAGUUUAGUAAUGUUGUGCUGGUGUCUUUCUUCACAACACUGUUUUUUUUUUUUCUUCCGUUGAUGCCUUGCAAAACAAAACUAUCCAUGAUAUUUUCCAUCUCCCCCCUCUGACUUUAUAAUAUUAGUUAACUGCGUUCCCUUUGGAUUAGUUCACAAAAGAAAAAAGACAAACCACGACAUUAACACUGUACAUUAUUUGUCAGACUGGUUUCAUUUUCAUACUUAUUUUGUAAAUAUCCGUGUUGUAUGGAGCUUGAAUUAAAAUGUAAAUAUGUUUACUGUAUUUGUAAUAAUUAUAAUCCAUUCGCUGUAUAGCAUAGAUGUGUCAUGCAGAUAUCCUAAUUCUGUGUAUGGUAAUCUUGCACCAUUGAACUGUUUAGUGAAUGAGGCAACAAUAAAAAGUGCAAACUGUGCAUUAGCAGAACAA